AUGACGGAUGAUGAAAUUGAGCAGGCAAAAGUGUUGUUUCCGAACGUUGGCGCUAGAAUGGGCGACGAACGACCAUGUCUUGUUCGCUUUUACAAUUUGUGUGACAGUCCUAUCGACUUAUUUUGGCUAAGUCCUCAAGUAAUUACAAAAUUUUCUGAAACGUGGAAACUAAUCGUAAUCUUUUUCAGAAAGAACCUACUAAAUAUGGCACUCUAGCUCGGAGGAAAUACUUAGACAUCAGCACAUUUCAACUACAUCCGUGGGUCGCUUUACGAGCGUUUGAUGGUUUCAAACUGCUGAUAAACAAACAAACGGUGUUCUGGCCGCAUGCGCCCGUUCCAAAUGUGAUUUAUCGCCAGACUUGUUUUAUUACGGUUCCAAGUAAGUAUAUUUUGUGGUGAAAUUGAGAAUGAUGACAAGUGUGUUGUGAUUAAUCGGAAUGAUUGUUCCAGAAUAACUUACAGUCUUUCAACAUAUUGAAAUCCGCUCAUUUUAGUGAAAAGUUUGCGAGAGCUUGCUGCUCGUGCUUUUGUCUACCAACCGUCAUCCGUUCUCAAUCGUUUAUGCCCCCAACUGCCGCGGGAAGUUCAGUACGACAUGAGCGUUUUGCGAUCCGUUAAAGAUGAGUAUUCGCAAGUGGUGUGCCGAUCUAUUGGCCCAGUUCGACCUUCAAGCGAAUUUGUGGUUCUUGCACCCCCAAGAGGGCAAUAA